AUGAAAUCACUUGAAGCAAGUGAAGAUAAUGUAUAAAAAUAUUGUAAAUGUAAUAUAUUCAUUUAUAAUCAUAGGUGAUGAGAGAUGGCAAGAAGGAAUAUUCUAAGCAGAAGGAAUUGAAUAAAGAUAAAGAACUUUAAAAAAGACCAAUUUUCUUGUACAAUACACUAAAGAUAGAUGGAUACAUUAUAUUUAAGAUGGAUGUAUACUAAGAAAGUAAUGUUAAUAUUAUCUUUAGAGAUAGAGCGUUAUCGAGUAAUUUAUAGCCAGAAAUCUAUAAGAAUUUAGAGCAUGUUAAAUAUCUUAGAUGGAAAGGAGAAUAUGAAGGGAAUUAAAAAAAGGUAGGAAAGUGGAACGCAUUUUGGAGAGGUGAAAAUAUAAAAGUUGGAGGAUUUUAUAAUGAAAAUGGUUUGAAAUAAGGAAAAUGGGUUGAGCAAUUUCUAAAUUACUUUGAGUAACUGUUUUGCUUUGAAAGCAGUAUUUCUUAGGUCACUUAUUCAGGAUACUAUAAUAAAGGUGUAAAAAUGGGAGAGUGGACUUGUUAUCUAUAUGAUAAACAAAUGUAGAUUAAUACAUUAAUUUUAGAGCAAGUGGUAUUUAUAAUUAAUAUGGAUAAAAAAAUGGGAUUUGGGUUGAGCUACAUGAUAAUUUUAGUAUGUAUGAUCAAAGUAAUUUAUUAAAGUGAUCAAAUGGUAACAUUUGUUGGGGAAUACGAUAAUGGAGUUAAAUUUGGAAGAUGGAAUAUAUUCUUUCAAUCCAGUUUCUAUUAUGAAAGACAGUUGAUGUAAUAUAUCAAAAUACUUGAUAAUAGAGGUGGAGGAGAUUAUAAUGAAAAGGGAUUGAAAAAUGGAUUUUGGAUAGACAUUUAUGAAAAUUAUAAUCAGUUAUACCGUUAAGUUUAUUUUAUUAUUAGUGAAUAUGAAAUCUUAUAUACAGGGUUAUAUUCUAAUGGCAAGAAAUAAGGAUAAUGGGAUAUAGAAUUUAAAGAUAGUAGAUUUGCCCCAUCUCAUCCAAAAAUGUAUUUAGUUAUCCAAAAUUAAUUUAGUGGAGGAGGAGUCUAUGAUGAAAAUGAAUAAAAAACUGGAAAGUGGAUAGAAUUAUACGAGGACUUUAGAAAGUAAAUAAAUUAUUUAGUGAAGUGUCUGUUAGAUCAUUUUGGAAGGAGAGUAUAUUAAAGGAAUAAAAUAAGGAAAAUGGACUUCAUAAUUUAGAUUGAAUUUAAAACAUAAAUUUAAAAUUAUGUAAUUUUCUAUUAAAUUAUUUUAGUGGUGGUGGAAACUAUGAUCUUUAAGGAAGAAAAAUUGGCAAAUGGAUAGACAUGAAUGAUAAUUUUUGGAAGUAAAAUAAAUAAAAAUAAUAUUAUUCACUUAGACAAUGCCAAGUCAUUGAGAGUGGGUAAUAUGAUUGUGGAAAAAGGAUUGGGUCAUGGAUAAUUAAGUUUAGGUAUACAAUAAAAAAAGAUUUCAAUAAAAUGUACACUUUAUAUAAAUAAAUCAGCGGAGGUGGUAAAUAUGAUGAUUAAGGAAUGAAGAACGGAAAAUGGGUUGAAAUCUUUUAAAGCUUCUAAAAGUACACUAUUAUAAUUUAAUUAGUUCAUGCUAAGUUAUUUUAACAGGAGAUUAUUUGGAUGGGAAAAAAGUAGAAAAGUGGAAAAUUUUAGUUAGAGAUCAUGAAAAAGACAGAUUUUAAUAGAUGUAUCAAGUUCUACUAUUUAGUGGAGGAGGAAUAUAUGAUUAAAAUGGACUAAAGGUUGGAGAAUGGAUAGAUUUGAUUGAAAAUUUCACAAUGUAUAGUUAUUAGAGGAAAUUAGCAACAAUCAAGUGAUUAUGAAAGGAGAGUAUUUUAAUGGAAAGAAAUAGGGCUUAUGGAAUAUUUUGUAUAAAAAAGAUCCUAAAUUUGACUUUUAUAUUCUGUAAUUUCUUAUUUUUCAUUAUUGAUAGUGCUGGGGGUAGUUAUGAUAAGGAUGGAGAGAAAAAUGGAAACUGGAUUGAUUUGAAUUAUAGUUUCGGAAAAGAAGUAGGAGAAUUCUUAUUCAUUUUUAUGGGAAUAUAUAAAAAUGGUCUUAAAAUGUAACAAUUUACAAGAAAAAAUUUAUAUUUGGAUGAAUGA